GGUACUCGCUCUGCAAACUGCGACAAGUGUUCCUUACAAAAAAUCUACCUUGUCAAAAAAGUUUGCGCAGCGAGUUUACUUUAUCGUGCAUGAAGCUCUCUUCUCUGCUCAAGCCUGUGUUUCGUGUGAAUGGUUUUUCCACCCAUGACGACGAGAAGGAUGCCGUUUCAUCUGCGCUAUGCCACUCCCAGUUCGGACGACGAUGAUGAUCAGGAGCCUGGAACGUCUCACCGCUCGCGACACAGUUCGCCGUCUAGCCAGGUUGAUAUCAUUCCGUCAUCUUUGCAGCAGACUUACUCUGCGUCGCCAUUGUCGAAUGUUUCUUCGGAGUACCUGACAUUGCCUUCGCCGAGUCCUCCAGCCAGCCUUGAUGUGAACGAUGCGGACUCUGAAGAUUGGAAGUUAUAUUCGUUGGCGGAUGGGCACAACGCCAGCGUUCUGGAUGCGGGGUUGUUUGAGGAUUUCUUUGGGCGGCUGCACGGCGAGAAUGGCAAAGAAAUGCAGGUGGAGAAAGGAGACCAGGACAGUGUCCGCAGUCGUGCAGCCUCCUUGACUCCCGAAAACGACACCAGACUGACCACACCGGAAGAAGUCCCCCCAAAGAAAUCUCGUUCAGCGAUAGACUGGACCUUUCCUUGGACGCGCAUCGAUCCGGCCCUGACUAGGAAGACCGGCGUCCGCCUCAAGAAGCGUCGGCCGCCGCCACCGGCCAUCCGCGUUGGUAGACGACGCUGUGUGCUGAUGGAUUGAUUGUUGAUUAACGUGUGACUGUGGCAAGCGAUGGGUGUUAGCUGAUGUUGGAUUAGGUGAUGGGACGGGUUGUCUUUCUGGGUGUAUAUUCUGGAUUCUCGCGGAUGCUUCCUAUGUGCGACUCUGGUCUCAGUUGUGGCUUGUUAUGAUUGAAUUGGCUAUAAGUGAACCUCUAUUAUUUUUUGAAAUGAUGCCUUUCGAUUCAAACGAUCUGUUGUGAUAUCCCUACUGCCUUCUCUCUUUGUUGAUUUUUUUAUCUCACGCUUUUCCUAAUAAAGACGUAAUAACCGG